CAUGAGAGGGGCUCUGGUACACACCAUCCGCAGCCUCCAUACACACCGCACAGAGUGAUGGAGCAACUCCAGGCCAGGGUACAGCACAUCCACAAAUAGCAGCACACUGUGCCUGGACCACUCCAAGCCUGCCCCUAAUUAACCCCUGGCUCCCUCUAACUGUCACUGCUGGAGGAGGAGGAGGGGGUGGGACCUUGUCAUCCUGCAAAGCUGUCCAUGCUGCUUCAAACUUCAUGCCAUCUGCAGGGUCAGGCUGAGGACCCCCAGACCAAGUACCAGGCUGAUGACCCUGUUAUCAAACACCAGUCUGAAGACCCCCUGAUCCAAUACCAGCCUGAAGACCCCCAGACACAAUACAAGUCUGAAAACCCUCAGACCCCAAACCAGUCGGAAACCCCCCAAACCAAGUACCAGUCUCAGGACCCCCAGACCCAACACCAGCCUGAGGACCCUCAAACCAAGUACCAGCCUGAGGACCCCCAGAGCCAAUACAAGCCUGACCACCCCCAGCCCUGCCUCAUUCUAGCUGGGAGUCCUCCUUCUUCUCCCCAAAGUUGGCUCCUUCCCCAGCAGCCGCCGCCUUGGAUCCCUCGGCUUACUGCGAGACUCCGGUCUACAACCCGGAUCUCUGCCCCAACAUGAUCGCGGCCCAGGCCAAGCUGGUCUACCACCUCAACAAGUACUACAACGAGAAGUGCCAGGCCAGGAAGGCGGCCAUCGCCAAGACCAUCCGGGAGGUGUGCAAGGUGGUGUCCGACGUGCUGAAGGAGGUGGAGGUGCAGGAGCCCCGCUUCAUCAGCUCCCUCAAUGAGAUGGACAACCGCUACGAAGGGCUGGAGGUCAUCUCGCCCACCGAGUUCGAGGUGGUCCUCUACCUCAACCAGAUGGGGGUCUUCAACUUCGUGGAUGACGGCUCGCUGCCGGGCUGUGCGGUGCUCAAGCUGAGCGAUGGCCGGAAGAGGAGCAUGUCCCUGUGGGUGGAGUUCAUCACGGCCUCGGGCUACCUGUCCGCCCGCAAGAUCCGCUCCCGCUUCCAGACGCUGGUGGCCCAGGCCGUGGACAAGUGCAGCUACCGGGACGUGGUUAAGAUGGUGGCGGACACGAGCGAGGUGAAGCUCCGGAUCCGGGACCGGUACGUGGUGCAGAUCACCCCGGCCUUUAAAUGCACCGGGAUCUGGCCGAGGAGCGCUGCCCACUGGCCGCUGCCUCACAUCCCCUGGCCGGGGCCCAACCGGGUGGCCGAGGUCAAGGCCGAGGGCUUCAACCUGCUGUCCAAGGAGUGCCAUACCCUGGCCGGCAAGCAGAGCUCGGCCGAGAGCGACGCUUGGGUGCUGCAGUUCGCCGAGGCCGAGAACCGGCUGCAGCUCGGGGGGUGCCGGAAGAAGUGUCUGUCCGUGCUGAAGACCCUGCGGGACCGGCACCUGGAGCUGCCCGGCCAGCCCCUCAAUAACUACCACAUGAAGACCCUGGUGUCCUACGAGUGCGAGAAGCACCCCCGGGAGUCGGACUGGGACGAGUCGUGUCUGGGAGACCGGCUCAACGGCAUCCUGCUCCAGCUCAUCUCCUGCCUGCAGUGCCGGCGGUGCCCCCACUACUUCCUGCCCAACCUGGACCUCUUCCAGGGCAAGCCCCACUCAGCGCUGGAGAAUGCGGCCAAACAGACCUGGAGGCUGGCCAGGGAGAUCCUCACCAACCCCAAGAGCCUGGAGAAACUAUGAGGGCCACUACAUCACCUGCCCACUCACUGACUGGGGAGCCACUUACUUGCCCACUCUCUAUAAAUGGUAGCCCAUCACCUGCCCAAUCACUGACUGGGGAGCCAUUCACUUGCCCAUCUCUACCCAUGUGAGUCAUUCACCUGCCAAUAGAACCCUUCACUUGCCCACUCAGAGACCAUGGAAGCCCUUCAGCUUGACACUCUCUAGCCAUGAGAUCCCUUCACCUGCCCACUGACAAACGAUGGGAGCCCUUCAGCUGCUCACUCAAAGCCCAUGUUGUGGAAUUACAAACCUUACUUUGCCUGGAAUAUAAACAGUUAACAAUUAACCCUGUCACAGCCAGAGAGAGAGAGAGAGUCUUGACAAAGGGCACCGCUGCAUUCUGCAAUGGGGACUCCAGUUAAAAGCAAAAGGGUUAAUAUAUUUAAAAAAAGGAAGAUAA